AUGGAUUUUUCGUUACUGGAACCAACUUUGUACACUGUCAAGGGUAUGGCUAUUUUGGACAAUGAUGGCAAUCGCAUACUGGCCAAAUACUAUGAUGACAAUAUAUUUCCAACGAUUAAAGAACAAAAAGCAUUUGAAAAAAAUCUAUUCAACCGUACUCACAGAGCAAAUGCAGAAAUUAUCAUGCUGGACGGAAUUACAUGUCUGUACAGGAGCAAUGUGGAUCUGUUUUUUUAUGUCAUGGGAAGUUCACAUGAGAAUGAACUGUUAUUGAUGAGCGUCUUACAAUGCAUGUAUGAUUCAAUCAGUCAAAUUUUAAGGAAAAAUGUGGAAAAACGAGUUGUACUUGACAACUUAGAUGUUGUUAUGUUGGCGUUAGAUGAAAUUUGUGAUAAUGGUAUUAUAUUGGAAGCCGAUUCUGGGGCAGUUGUACAGAGAGUAGCAUUACGAACCGAUGACAUACCAAUUGGAGAACAAACUGUUGCACAAGUCUUCCAGUCAGCAAAAGAACAGUUGAAAUGGUCAUUAUUAAAAUAG